AUGGACUACGAGAAACAGAAGUCUGAUACCGGUAUCAAGGUGACCAUCGUUGAGAUCGAAGAUGGACUGGCACAGGAAACACCAAGAACGAGAAAAUGCUUCCAAAGUCUCGGCCGUUCGUUCAAGCGACGAUGCAGGUCUGACAGCGAGAAUGGAUCAUCGCCCUGGAUAAAGCUCUUGAAGAGAGUCCUUGUAUUUCUUUCUGUUACGGGAGUAUGUUUGGGAAUCGCCUACAUUACACAUCAUGCUGUGCUCGCGAGUUUGAUACGAAGACUUUCACCAAUGGUAUUGCCACAGAAUGGGCUGACGGCAAUCGUCGACGCGUGGGUGGAACCCGGAACAGUGACACCUGCUCCGCCAUCAUGGCGACCAGACUUCAGUCGUGACAUUCAGCCGAAACCAAUACACUCUCAUAAUGAUUAUUGGCGAAGAGUGCCUCUGUUCGACUCCCUUUCGGUGGGUAUCACGGCGGUGGAAGCAGAUUGCCACCUUGUCGGCGAUGAGAUCUUCGUUGGACAUCAGGUUCAAUCUCUGCGACGAAAUCGAACUUUCAAUUCCCUCUAUCUUGAUCCUCUCUUCGAAAUACUAGAAAAUCAGAACAUGGGUAAAGCGGCAAACGACCCGACCAAGAAUGGAGUUUGGGAUGUAGAUCCUUCACGAGGAUUCAUCCUGAUGACGGAUCUGAAAACUGAAGGGCAUGCGACAUUGAAUGCAGUGCAGAAACAGCUAGACAGAUUUCGUGAGAACGGUUGGCUUACAUAUUGGAACGGUACAGACAUUGUACCUGGCCCGCUCCUGCAUAUCGGAACUGGUAAUACUCCAUUUAAAGCAAUACUGGAGUCCUCGUAUUCGAACUCAACAUACCGAGAUGUAUUUUUCGAUGCACCACUAGAUGCACUUUCGGACGCUUACAACAUCACCAACUCUUAUUAUAGCAGCACUUCUCUGACGAAGCUGUUCGGGUCUUCCAAGAUACCGCGAAGUGGUCUGACCAAGUCGCAGAUCAAAGUCGUCCAUUCGCAGAUUGAGAAAGCUACAAACCUUGGGCUGGUGACAAGAUACUGGGACAUACCAGCGUGGCCGAUUGAAACAAGAACGAAGAUAUGGAGACAGCUUGAACAGGCGCAAAUCGGCAUGCUGAACGUGGAUGCUAUUGAUUUGGCGGCCCGUUGGAAUUGGAGGUUAUGUAACAUUCUGGGAAUGAAUCUAUGCUAG